GACAUGUGACCCGACUCUUUAAAACUUCAGAGGAUCAGUUGCUGAGCGGUAGUGGAAGAAGAAUCAUUUCCGGAUAAUUUAGCUACCUUUUAAAUCAUUUCGACCUGAAACAACAUGGCGAACGGGCACGUGAAGAUCCAUGACGUGUUUAACAACCAAACCGGCCUGAACAGCAGUAUUAACUGUGACGCUAAAGCUACCUCAGGCUCGGACGACAUGGAGGACUCGGAGGAGCUCAGGAUCCUCAAGGCCUACUUCAACAAGAGACAGCCAAAAAAACCUUCAUCUGCACAGCACAGACAGACUCCAGUAACGGGGAGCACAGACGAUAACAAACUCUCCCCUCAAACUGAAAUACAGGAGAAGAAAAAGAAGAAGAAGAAGAAGAAUCAUCUUUUCCCCAAACUUCUUAGCUGUAUCAGACCUGGAAAACAAGAAAGAGAAGAGCCAUACGAUACGAGGCCUGAUGAUGGCGUGGAAGUUCGUUCUUUAGAUCCCCCUAUAGGGACAGGUGAGGUUGUGACGUACCUAGUGGAAGAAGAAGAGGAGGAUGAUCUUAAAGAUGUAGAGGUAGCGAGCAGACUGACAGACAUCGCUGAUGAGAUCCCGUUCCUUCCUCCUGAUAUAGAGACAGACGCGGCAGAAGAUGAGAACGUGGAGAGGAUAAUCGGCCUGCUGCUCAGGGAGUGUGGAGACCGACUGGACGAGAAAGAGCUGAAAGGUUCUGGUAUAUCCCUAGAACUUUUUUCGGACUACAACUUCUUUAGGAGGCUAAUGCAGACGCUUCUCAUGAGGAUGGGCCUCAGGAGCCCCGACCCAGACUCCCCGGGUCCAAAAGCAUCUCCCAAAACUCAGAUCGCUGUCACCUGUGAGGUCACCACCCGUCUGUCAGCGCUCCACACACUGCCCACGAACCGACUGUUGGGCCACGGAGCCAGAUAUCUGCAGCAGUAUUAUUCCUCCUGGGCCCAGCAGCAGGGCGGAUAUGAGGAAGCCUUUCACAGUGACGAUGAGGAGGACGUCGAGUGAACAGAACAUUCUCAAAAAAAUGCAAAAGGACUAAAAUCAGACUCGGGGAAACAAAUGUAUUAUUCUGCCACUUCAACUAACAUGCAAAUAAAGCCCAGAGCAUUAACGUAUCCGCAGCUGCAUGCAUUAGAAUAAUAUAUAAUUGUGUUAUUCUGGGAUUAAAAGCACACAUAUUUGUAUUGUUCAGGUUUUUCAAUGAACUUUAGCCAAACACAAAACUAUUAUCCUGCCAUUGAUAGCUACCGUUGUUUGCGAUUUUAAUUGUUAUUUUGUAAAAAAAUUGUUAUUCAGGGAGAUAAAGGGUAACUAGCAAUUUUAAAUUAGAACUAUUUAUGCUGUUGAAUUUACGUAAGACAAUGACAUUUUGUAGCAUUUGCACUUUUUUAUAAAAAAUGAAUGUUUUUAAGAGUUUCUGAGGGAUGCACAAUGUGGGUUAUCUGUAAUUGUUCCUGGUUUUAAUUGUUUUACUUAUGUCAAAAGGUGCCAAAGAAACUUCUGUUUCAGAAUUACGCAUGAAUGCUAAUGUACAUGACUUGAAAUAAACUGUUCAUUGUAAUUCAA